AUGAUAAAAUUAAACGGAAUAAUUUUGCUUUACUUUUCUGUGCUCAAUUUGGUGUAUUGUCUUAAUAGCAACUCCUGUAAAACCGCCUACAUCUUGUACUCCCCACAGUCGACGACGCGAUACAAGACUCCCUUCAGAAGAUGGAAUAGCCCACAGAACAAUAACCAUGCAUCAAUUUUUGUGUCAAUUAAAAACGCAUUAUUUGUUUCGAACUCUAAAAAUCAUAAUCAGAAUUUGAGCGAUUUAUGUAAAGACCAAAAAUCGACUGAAGAUGUGUACAACGAAAAUGUGGCAAGGCAAUCCAACCUAAAGAAUUUUGCAAAAGACAUAAACGACAAUGUCUACAUCGAAACGAACAGGAGAGAAAGGAGGAUAAAAAGGAAUAAACACUUGCGGUCCUUAUACAGUAACAAUAGCAUACGGAUGUCAAACUUUAUUUAUCCCAUGUUCAUUCAUGAGGAGGAUAACCCACAGAAGGAAACCCCGCUGGAUGGAAUUUACACUUACAACUUAGACGGAAUCGUGAAAGAGAUCGAAGAAUGCUUACAAUUGAAUAUUCACCACUUUAUGUUUUUCCCAGUCGUCAAGGAAGAAAAUAAAACGACCUACUGCUCUGAAUGCUACAAUGAAAGCAGCUACUUCUGCAACGCGAUAAACAAAAUAAAACAAAAAUUUAAAAAUCAAGUUGUCAUUUACGUGGACGUUGCUCUGGAUCCGUAUAACGUAUACGGACACGAUGGAAUAUAUGACGAAGACAAAGGGGAAAUUCUCAACGACGUUACGGUGCACACGCUGGUGAAGCAGUCCCUAUGCCUAGCCAAAUGCGGCGCCGACGUAGUGUGCCCCAGCGAUUCCAUGGACAACAGAAUUCAACAAAUUAGAAAAAACCUAGAUUUUCAAAACUUCAGAAAUGUUCUGAUAUUGUCCUACACGUGCAAGUAUUCCUCAUGCCUGUAUAAACCAUUUAGGUCCAUCCUGAAUUCCAACAUUCACAAAAACGUCGUCAAAAAUAAGCAGUCAUAUCAGCACGACUUUAACACGUACUAUGACCUGAACCAUGUGGAGAAACACAUCGCCGAAGGGGCCGAUAUCCUCAUGGUCAAGCCGUCGCUAUUUUACCUAGACGUGAUCAGUCGUAUUAGAAGCAGAAUGGCCACAUACGCCACGGUGCCUCUGGCCGUUUACAACGUCUCUGGUGAAUACAUGAUGAUCAAAAACUACGUCAAACAUUUGAAUGCAGACAUAAAUUAUGAAAAUGAAAUUUUGACGGAGCUCUUUAAAAGCUAUCUAAGAGCAGGGGCAAAUAUAAUUAUCACCUAUUUCGCUAAGCAGUAUGGUUUAUACCUCAAAAAUCUGUAUGACCGUAAUGUAGACAUAGACGACGAUAUGAGCAGCAAUUUUAAUGCGAGCGAACUAAAAGAAGACGAGGAUUUGAUAAAGUACGAACUGCCCAACAGGCUGACCAGCAUCAUCUACAAAAAAAGAAAAAACAAACAUAAAAAAAAAUACAUCUUAAAUAACGAACAACACGUGAUAUUACCUUCGCACAAAAUUUCAAACGAAUACAAAAUUUACACCAAUCCUAUUGACUACAACUAUGAGGAAAUGCACGUUUACAUGGAGGUGAACACUGGAAGUGUAAAUGAAAAAAAGAACCAGCAGGGGAUAAGUCAUCUGUGUGAGCAUGUCUCUUACAUGGGUUCCAAAAAUCGGAAAAAUAUCAUAGACAAAAAUAUCCGGACAAAUGCGUACACCGAUUUUCACCAUAUCGUUUUUUAUAUAAGUGUGAGCCUGAACAAAGAACUGUACAAAGAAAACUCCUUGAGCCAAUUCCAGUACGACAAUGUCAUAACAAAUAUUAGCGAAGACCAAAUUGAAGAUUAUGAUGUUUACACAGUAGACGAAUUUAACUACAAGCAUGCCAUCCUGUCCAAGUGCAUUGACACCAUGGUGGAAGUACUAAAAGGAGAAACUCAAUUCAACAAGGAACGAAUUAUUAAAGAGAAGAAGGCCAUUUUUUCCGAGUACAGCAUUAUCAACACGGUGGAAUAUAAAAUGAACUCAGACAUUAUUAAGACGCUGCACAAGGAAAACAGACUGAGUCACCGACUUCCCAUCGGAAAGCUGGAGCUCCUCAAGAGGUACGAGCCAAAGGACAUUAAAAAAUAUUUCGACCUUUUCUUUAGAACGGAAAAUGUCAACCUGUACAUAUACGGAGAUGUGAACGUGGACAUAGCUCGCAAGCUAGUAAGCGAAAAAUUUCAGAAGGUUAAGAAGGACGAACUAACACCGGACGACAUAAAGUACCUGGCCAUUUUGAAUGACAACACUUUGCGGUCGAGAAAUAAAAACCUACCCGCAAUUGUCCAUAUGUAUGGGGGUGAUUGCUACUCAAAAAAGGGCGGCACGGAAAGUGGGUCUCCAAAUGGAUCAAAGGAUCAGAUGGAUAAAGAUGAUGUGUGUGCAGGGGAACCCGUCAUAGGAGGCACCGACACAGGAAAGGAAAUGAUAUACGCAAGUAGAGAUAAUACACCUGGCGAUGAGAAAGAUGAUUGCGAAAAAGCAGACAACGGUUCCAUCACGUCCCUUCCCGACGACGAAUACCCAGAUGACAACAUCGUCGACGCGCGGAAACUCAACGAAUUAAGAAGCACGUUUCAAAACGAAGCCCUUAGCGAGCUCAAGUUUAGGGCCUAUCUUAGCGAAAAGUACAAACCAACAUUGGAAGAAGAAAAAAUUCUGAACAAGUCAGACCAAAAAAAAAACCUCACAACAGAUUUUGAAAUUAUAAAAUAUUCUUUAAAUAAUGUCAACAUAAAUAUACUGAUGAAGGAGGAAAUAAAAAGCAUUCGCACCAUGGAGGAUUACAAAAAUUAUGUCAUGAAAGAUGUUAUGUUUUAUUGCCUGUCUUUUCGAUUUAACGUAUACAAGCGGGAUUUAUUUAACAGCAUAGAUAUUAAUGAGUACACAAAUAUUAACGAAGGGGCCACCGUGAGAACGGUGGAAAUAAAGACAACGACAAAAUCGUUCUCAGAAGCUGUUACAGCUUUUUAUAAUUUCAUUAAAAGUUUGCUAGCCCAUGGGUUCAGCAAUGACGAGUUACAAAAUUAUCGGGCCAACGAGAUUGAGUACGAUGAAGCAGGUGGAGGAAGUGGCGAAGGAGAUUUUAGCUCAGCCAGCGGGGCAGGAACAAAACAGAUGAAGCUAGUGCACCCAGAAAAGGAAGAGGAGGAACAAAUCCUGGAAACCCGAAUGAACGAAAUGUACACAGAUGAAAUACAAAAAAUUAUCGACUACAAUUCUUGUAAGCAUGUGUACCUGAAUGAGCAAAGGGAAAAAAAACUCAAGCAGGAAAUUUUCGAUAAUUUAAAAAUAGAACAAGUUAAUUCCUUUGCCAAAAAUUACUUUCAGUAUUUGUUUAAUAUAUUCAAGGCAAAUACAAAUUUUAAGCCCAACUGUGUUAUUAUUCAUGUCCCACACAUGGACUUCAACUCUUUCAACAAGGAUGGAGUGAAGAAGCUGUUCCUAAACAACAUCAAUUCUGUAUCUGACGUCCCCAACUUUUCCUUAAGCUUUCAGAAUACCUUACUGUCACAGAAAUAUGUGUAUGAAAAUAUCACAAAACAAUUACACAUGGCUAGGUACGUGGACCCCAGGGGGGGCGACACACCCAAGAGAGACAUAUUCGCUGGCAUCCUUCACAAGAUAAACCAGAUUAAAAGGGACCAUCAGCCCGUCCUGUGCGUCCUCCCUAGUAUGGACACACCAACCAAGGUUGGCACGCUGGACAAGGCUGACGCCGCACCUCUCGUGUACACCGCGCCCAAUUACCCCCUCUUCCGCACGUGCUACGGCAUGCAUACGGAAGGCAAGCAGGGGGAAGUCGAACACGGGCUAAACGCCUCCCAGGGCACACACCUAAGCCACCCCGCGCAGGGAAAAACGGGCGUCAAUCUCGAUGUACUGCCCAGCGCAUUGAAGACCGGAACAGACGCCAGCAGGGUCAACCUGAAAAAAUACGUGGCAGAACAGAAAGGCCAAAGAGAAGUCGAAAACUACCAACUGGCAAAUGGGAUCAAAGUGAAUUUAUACAAAACACAAAUAGACAAAAAAAACAUAUACCUAAGAUUAAUCAUACCGCAUAAUGACAUAUUGAAAAAAAAAAAAAAAAACGUGUUCCCCUUAUUAUUCUCAGUUAUAUGUCUCUUCGAGGGAGGAGAAAUUGAAAACAUCAGUCGUGAAAACGUAGAAAUUCAUUGCAGCAAUAGGAGCAUAAAUAUAUGCAUUGACAUUAAUGACGAAUAUUUUUUUAUCGAUAUUUAUACUUAUAAUAAACACGAAAAUAUCAAUUCGGCCUUUUCCAUACUUAACAACAUUUUACUGCAAACGCGCAUUGAGGAGUCUGCCCUCAGGAGGGUCGUCGACAAGCUCCGGAAGGACUUCUACGAGUAUAAGAACAAUCUCCAGUCCUUCUUGCUCGGCCAAACCAUCUCGUAUCUAUCCGACGGCGCGAUGGGCUACCAAAAUUUCGACCUGCGAGAAGCCGAAGAAAUGUCCCUCGAAACGGUGCACAAGGUGCUAAAGCACCUAUUUAGAGACCCCUCCCUGUUUGAGCUUACCGUUGUAGGCGACAUACCCGAUUUUAUGCACUACUACGUGCUGCACUACAUUGGAACCCUCCCAGUUAUAAGAGACGUGUCCACGAAUGAGAACGCGACAGAAGUGGAACGAGUAACUCGCCAACAAAUGAAUCUCCGUGGUGAUAACAACGAUACACCGCAAAAUGAUACACCCACCGGAACGGAUCCCCUACAACAAGAGUACUCACUCCUGUGCCCACUUCAAAACUUCGAAGAAAAAAUAAAGCAAGCUACCUAUGUCUUUUUAAAAGAAAAAGAAGAUCACGCUAUUUUCCUCCUCAUCGGAAAAAGUGCCAACCACUUUGGCUUCCUCUCCAACGGGGUGCACAUUUCGCUAUACUUACUACAAUUUUUAAAAAAGCUUCUAUGUCACGAAAUGGAAGAUGAGAAUGUUGAAAAAGAAACCACGGAUAAAGUAUUUACACAAAUUUUAAAUCACAUCCACAUAGAAAAAUACAAGAAGGAAGACAUCACAGAAUUAAUUACAAGAAAAAAAAAAUUAUAUACCAACCCCCUUUUUUUCAAUGCAGUAUCUUACAUUAUUCAGUACAUACUGAACAGUAAAUUAUUUCAUUAUUUGCGAGAAAAAAAAGAAUUAACUUAUGAUUCUUCCUUUGAAUUUAUAAACUAUGAAAAAUAUUUUGCAGGCUUUUUUACCUUACUUGUUCAGACAAAUCCGAAAGAUUUAAAAGUUAUAAAAAAUGAAGUUCUUUCUAGCUUUGAAAAUUUUACAAAAAAUUUUUACAACUAUUCUGAUUACUUAAUAGAAAAUGCCAAGUUAUCUUAUUUAAAUAAGAAAACAAAAGAUUUGAAAUUUUUUGUUGAUAAAAUCUCGGGGAUGCAAUUGACACACUUCCCGCUAAAGUACAAAAAUAAAUUUCUCCUAAGAGAUAAUCUUAUACUGAGUAAAAUCGAAAAAAUAGACGUCCUCUUAGCCGUAUAUAUCCUGUUCAAUCAAACGUCAAGUUAUCACAUAUCUUGUGGAAUUGCAUCUCCGAAGGAUGUUUGGGCGGAAACUUACAGAAACAUAAACGAGUUGUAA